GUAGUAGACGAUCAUUACAUCGUCAGGUCGAUACUGUUGUUUGRAUAGCAAUGCCUGUCAGAUUGUUGGGCUGAAACAACUAACAAUCCUCCUUAUUGCGGAAUGAAUAUGUAGAGAUAAAUGAAGAGGAUCAUCUUGUUGGGACCUACCCUAUCUGCCCUCGGGCAAAACGGCUGAGUACUAAAAGCUGAGGAAUCUAAUGGAUUCAACGAUGGACAACCACGUCACAGAGUUAAACAGGGUGCUUCAGGAUCUAGGUCAAAUGAUUGGAGAGCUUGAUAGMUUAGAAAGUCAUACCAGUCAGUCCUCGCUGAAGAAGCACGACAGCGAUGAUGAUGUUAUGCUUGAAGAGCUUUUGGCAGACUGUGAUGUACUUGAUCAUGAUGACAGCAAACCAUUGAUUGACACGAACAGACACAUGGAGAUUCUUCAAGAACAAGGCGCCGCCUUGUCAAAUGAUGAGUGGAUGACUUCGCCUCCCAAAGACUCCAACGAAUCAAAGGACGUUAAUGACAAUGAAGGCGCUAAAUCUGCAGAUGAGACGAAAGAGCCUCAAUCAGCUGGCGGUACUUCUGUCCAGAUUUUCAACGAGGAUCAUAGUUGCAUGACGGUGUCCGUGGGUCAGAAUAUGAGUGCCGUUGAAUGUUGCCAUAAAUUGGUCUUACUCAACACGUUCAAGGAAGAUCCUAACUGGGUAAUCGCGGAGCACGUGACAGACCUUGGGAUCGAACGAGUUGUAGAAGAUCACGAAAGAAUACUUGAAGUCUACCAACACUGGGCUCCAAACUCAAACAACAAGUUUUUGUUCAGAAAGGAUCACAAGAAAUACGACUUCUUUAUCAACACAGCUGAAUACUUUCCUUCGCAUUUGCUGGAUGACGAUUCUUCAGACCGGGCAGUUACUGAGCAAGCAGAGAGAGCUAAACAAAUUCUCUUACAGAAACUUUUCCGUCAAUGCACUCAAGUACCUGAGAUAGCCAGCAUGUUGUACAUCAAAGACUUCAGUAAAAAAUCUUGGAGCAAAAAAUAUUUAAUCUUAAGAGGCUCUGGUUUGUAUUCUUCUACCAAGGGAAAGUCAAGGGCAUUCAAGGAUCUUCAGUCAUUUGUUCAGUUCGAUGGAUGUGCUCUAUAUUACCUACUCAACUCUACCAAGAUUCACAAGUCUCCUACUCCKUAUGGCUUCUGUCUUGUGCCAUUGAAAGCCAAAGAACUCAAGGAAAUAAAAUGUUUCUGUUGCGAAGACGAGAAGUCGUUUCUUAGCUGGAUGACAGGCAUACGUCUGGCUAAGCUUGGUUCUCAACUGCGAAACAAUUACGACGACAUGAUUCGAAAGUUUGCAAAGUUAGCGAAACUUAGUUCCUCUGUCACAAUUCCGCCGAAACCAGCCAAGGUACACGAGACGGUCCUAAGAUCGCGUUCACAAACUACAGCCGCUUGUUUGGUACGUGAAGACAGAGUGGCCAUGGAUUUCACUGGAAGAUAUGGGAAAAUAGUCACUAAUACAAAAGAAAUCGAAGAACUGAGUAACGCAAGACCGCCAAAGCGAUUGAGUCGUCGUUUGUAUGGCAGUCUUUUUAUUCAGUCUUCGCAAAGUGUUGAUUCUGAUAUCGAUGAGGAACCGUGGUUUCACGGACUUGUGUCUCGAGAACAAACAUUGAAAACAAUGAAAGAAGAAGGACUAGAAAAUGGGUUAUUCCUGGUUCGCAAAAGUUGUACCGCUAAUGAUGUCUUUGUCCUGUCAUUUUGUAUGAACAAGAAAGUCUAUCACUGUCAAAUGGUGCAGGAUAUUGGGAAUGGAAAUGAGAUGUGUUUUAGUCUAGAUAAGGGACCCGCAUUCCCCUGUGUGGCCGACCUUAUUGAAUACUACAAACAGAAGCCUAUUAAUGGUUUAUCUGUUGCUUUAAGAAGGCCUUGCAAAAAAAGGCGGAAUAGCUUGACUACAACAGAACCAGCAAGAGCAUCGUCUGCAGAAUCGUGACUGAAAUAAUUUWAAAAAAGAUUAUAUAAUAAUUUUUACUAAUAUUGGUGUAGAUAAAUGGAAAUUGUAUUUUAAUGCGCGAGGAAGCACACAAUGUACAUACAAAUCAUACCGGAAGUAAAGGCUUUUUAUUUGCUUUACCACAUGCAACCCAAGCAGUGUAAUUGUGGCUCAGGUCAAACUAGUUUGGAAUUUAUUUGGAAAUGUAAACGUUUUGCUUAGUAGAGAGAUUUUUAUGCUUUUCYGUUACACACUAAGUGAUUCUAGAAUUUUGAAAGAUUCUGCUUGGGCUACCUGUGGCUUUACAUUUUAAAGAGCUUAUUCAGGGAGGUUGGGACAACCUUUGAAAAUUGAAAAUAAGUUGGUAAUAAUCAUAGAUGAUUUAUACAUUGUAAAUCUCUAUCCCUUGAAAUAAACUUAGUACUAACGCUGCUGCUAAAA